UCUGGCAAUAGCCGCACGCCGCGGGCUGCGGAGGCCGGAGUGCAUUCACUCUUUAAUCGCGACUAGCGUCAUCAAGUAAACAAGUUUUCCACAAAGUGCCACACAUGGAAGAUAGGAACGAUAGAUACACAGAGAAAUUGAACAUUAAAGUUUUAUUAAACGUUUAAUCAUCUUGAAGGAGCAAAUAUUAAAACUUCAACCAUAUAUAACAUAAGUUUUAGUAAAAGUGAGUGCGUCAGCUGUAAUAUUAAGAAAUCAGUGCAAAGGUUAUUUCAUCAUAAUGGACGCCACAAUGGAAAAUAAAAUGGGCCUACCACCACCGUACGAACAGAUGCCACCUCAUCCUGCGCCGCCGCCAUCUUACUAUGCAAACGCACCAUCUCCGCCACCACCGGUCACAGAUAACCCCCGCACACUUGUGGUUACAUCUGCCCCCAGAACGAACACUGCUUCUAUCAAAAUGGGUCCAGGACCUACUGGUACAGUGUGCCCUACGUGCAAUAAGUCAAUAGUGACAAGGGUAGAAUACGUAUCGAACAAUCGAACGCAUAUCGUAUCUGCAGCUCUUUGUGUUAUUGCCGGAUGCUGCUGUGGCUGCUUGGUUCCGUAUUGCAUCAAGUCCUGUAAAACAGCGAAUCAUUACUGUCCUCAAUGCAGAGCCUUUAUAGGCACCCACGUUCCUUCGUAAUCAAUAUUCUUGAUCUAGGUAAUUGUAAGCGUACUUAAGGUGCAUUAAAUAAGUAGAUCAAGUUUAAAAUUAACCUCUACAGGGUAUUUAUCUCGCUCGACUCGGUUUGGUACUUUGAAAAAUAGUAUUUAUAAAUGCAAUUUUUAAUUUUAUGAUAACAUUUGUAAGCCUCUACGGAAUUAUGUGUUUUUU